AUGUUCCCUUCGCGCUGCUUGCGCCAAUCCGCGCGCCGCAUUAAUAAGACAGCUGCCCGCCGCACCCAAAGAGCUUGUCCUGCGCGCUCUGGCACCGCCACCACCACCACUCCCGCCGCGCGCAGGCCUUUUCCGCGCUCAAUUGCCAUCCUCACCGCCAUUGGCACCGCCGGUGCCAUUUAUCAGUAUUCUGCUGGGAACCAGAUCCACCGUAAUGUCUAUGCCGAAGCUCCCGAGGAGCCCCAGCUCGUCUUCGAGAAGCCCCGGAAGGAGGCCCGCUCGAAGGAGGAGAACAGAGACAUAAUCAGCUCGCAGCAUCUACAGGUCAAGAGGAGCUGGGAGAAUCCUGGUCUCUAUGCCUGGGGCUCCAAUGACGGCAAGGUCGUUGCGCCCGACAGCCAGGAAAGGCACAUCAAGACCCCGCGCCGCCUGAGUUUUUUCGAUGGCCUGCUGCUGCGCGACGUGAAGCUCGACCGUUUCGUUGGGGCUGCCAUCAACGAAAAGGGCGACCUGCUGCAAUGGGGAACCGCAUAUGACAAGGAUUGCGUUGCGCCAGCAGUCACGCUGAAGGGAAAAAACCUGAAGUCGUUGACCCUGUCCAGGGACCGUGUAAUUGCCCUGGCAUCCAACGGCAAGGUUUAUUCGGUCCCCGUAUCAAAGGAAGAGCAGGAGACGGGCAAGAAGGCUUCCGAGAGCAGUUGGAUUCCCUUCUGGAGCUCUACCGCGCCAGUCAGCUACCGCACAAUCGAACCCGCGACCCUCAAGUCAGGCGAGAAGAUCACCUCCGUUGCCGGUGGACUAGAGCACGUCCUUCUACUCACUUCCAAGGGCCGACUCUUUUCCUCCGCUUCCAGCGCUCUCGACUAUCCUAGCAAGGGCCAACUUGGCAUUCCCGGUCUGAGCUGGCAAACCCGCCCACAGGGGGCAUACGACCUUCCUCAUGAGAUCACCACCCUCAAUGGUUUUGACAUUGUCAAGAUUGCUGCCGGAGACUACCACAGCGUAGCCGCUGACAAGGAAGGUCGAGUCUUCAGCUUCGGUGACAACUCCUUCGGCCAACUGGGCGUCCGCUACGAUUCAGAGGUCCCAUUCGUCGACGCCCCGUCCCUGGUCCCCAUCUCGAGCCUCUACCGCGGAACCGGUCUCGUCCCCAAGGUCACGGGCGUCGCCGCCGGCGGCAACAACAGCUACUUCACUAUCGACGCGACGCGCGUGUCCAACCCAGGCGCCGACGACGCUCUCGCGCGACGCAACCUUGGCAACGUGACCGCCGAUGCGUGGGCGUGCGGCCAGGGCAUCUGGGGCGGCCUGGGCAAUGGUCGGUGGACGCACGUGCAGGACACGCCCGUCAAGAUCCCCGCCUUUUCCGGCCUGUUCGAGUUCGACGAGAAGACGAGCAAGGUCGUGCCCAUCCGUCUCGCGCAGUUCGCCGUCGGCGCCAACCACGUCGCCGCCGUCAUGGACAACAUCGCCCAUCUGACCGCCGGCACCGUCGGCACCAGCAGAUCGAGUGAUCGCGAGUCCGAGAAUGAGACGAACUGGGGUGCCGACAUUCUCUUCUUUGGCAACAAUGAGCACUACCAGAUCGGCACGGGUAGACGCAAUAAUGUGAGCACUCCCAUCUACAUCCAGCCGCUGGACCAGGUCGCGGAGAGGAAGAUCAGGGGCAAGGAGGAGCAUCGGUUCCAGAUCACGCCGAAGAAGAAGGUCAAGCUGGACGGAAGAUGGGUCGAGUUGCAGCAGAAGGUGGAGUGUGGCCGGGGCGUGACGGCCGUGUAUUCUGGCGUGUAG